AUGGAGCAUGGUCCAAGAGAAUAUCUCUCAUUUAAAGAUAUUGGAAUUGACUUUUGUGCACGUACAAGUUCUCACGGAAUUCCUUUUGUUGGGACACAUUCAUUCUUUGGCCGUCCUUUUUGGGCAACAGUUACAGCAAUUGCUUUUUGUUCAUUUAUUAUUCAGACAUAUUACACACUUUCAGACUAUUUGGAAUUUAGAACGAUAAUAGAAAUGCAAUUAAAAUUUGAACCAGGUAAAUUUAUAGAUGAAAAAUAUUUUUGA